CGCAGUUUUGUUAUGUUAUUGUAGUUACCGAAUUUUUUAUCAUAAAGAUUUCGCGAAUUUAAUGACUAAUUUUCAUUUACGUGUUUGUUUUAAUUAGGGAAGAAGCUUCUAUUUUAACCAAUCCGACAUGUAAAUUAAUUUAAUCUACUAAUCUAUUGUGUAUAUAAGUUUAAUUAGCCUCAGUAUGCUGGUCGAUUUGAGCUGUAAAAAGUUUAAAUGAUACAAGUUUUCCUUUGUUUAUAUUUUACCCGUGGUGUAAAUAAUUACGUUGUAUUUACUUUAGAAAAGACCUAAAAAUGAAUAACGAUAUUGCACUGAGUCCCGAACAAACUGAAAAAAUGCUUCAGUUUCAAGACCUGACGGGAAUAGAAGAUAUAUCAUUGUGUCGAGAUGCAUUACAACGACAUAAUUGGGAUCUCGAGACAGCCGUUCAAGAUCAAUUAAAUAUCAAAGAGGGUAGACCGUCGGUAUAUUCUGUCACGAGAGCGCCCACUAAUGAUGUACCGGUUGUGUACAGCGAUCCGUCAGUUCAACAGAUUUUCAUCGCUGAACCGCCGGGACUUCCUUUUCCCUGGAGAUGGGCUGGAACUUUCGGAUUUAUUGCAUCGUUUUUAUUUAGAUUUGUAUACAGCACGUUUACAUCGUUUCUAGAAUUCACUCGUAGUAUAUUUUGGAAUCGACCUAGAUAUCCCGAAGUGACUGAUCCUGUCGGAGAUGUUGUUAGUUAUAUUAACGAAUUUGAAGAAUCGUACGGUCGCAGACAUCCCGUAUUCUACCAAGGAACUUACGCUCAAGCUUUGAACGAUGCUAAAUUAGAAUUACGUUUUCUCAUCGUUUACUUGCAUUCCGAUAAUCAAGAUUGUGCCUCAUUUUGCAGAAACACGUUAACCAGUCAAGAAAUGAUUGAUUUUUUAAACGCUCAUGCUGUAAUAUUUUGGUCUUGUUCGUCGUCGAAAAGCGAAGGUCGUCGUGUGAUGCAUGCGCUUCAUGCUAAAUCUUUUCCAUUCAUGGGUGUUAUUAUACUGCGCGAUAAUGUCAUGACUCUCGUUGCGAGAUUAGAAGGCUUGAUGGAAACCUCAGUUCUUGUGAAUCGUUUACAAUCAGUUAUUGAGAAUAAUGAGCAAAUCUUGUAUGCUGCUCGAGCUAGCAGAAUGGAACGAAUCGUAAACCAGUCGAUCAGAGAGCAACAAGAUGAAGCGUACAUGGAAUCCCUUCGAGCCGAUCAGGAAAAACAACGUCAACGUGAAUUGGAACGAGAAGAAAUACGAAAAAUCGAGUUGGAAAAACACAAGCUUAUUCAAGACGAACUGAUGAAGAAAUUAGAAUUGGAGAAUCAAAAAGUAGAGUACGCCGAAAGAAUUCCCGACGAGCCAUCAUCAUCACAUCCAGAUUGUGUUUGUAUUUCGUUUAAAAUGCCUAACGGCGAUCGACUCGAGCGACGAUUCUUAACUACUCACACUUUACGUGAUAUCUACUAUUACAUAUUUUGCAACCCAAACUUAUCCGGUAGAUUCGAAAUAGCUACGAAUUUCCCGAAGAAAAUCCUAGACUGUUCGAUGACAUCAGUUCAAACAUUACAAGAUGCAGGUCUACGUAAACGAGAAGUAUUAUUUGUGUAUGAUUUAGAGUCGUAGUCAACUCAUGGCAUAUUAUUGCCUCAUUUUUCGUCAUUUGUUACUUUCUUAUGUGUAUUUACGCAAAUGUAAUAUUGUGAUACGUGAACACGAUGGUUCUAUGUUGUAUUUCUUCUCUAUAAAGUGAUAAAAAAAAAAAAAUAAAUUCAGCAAAUUUCAAUUAAGAAAUCUAUUUACAUAAAUAUCAAAUGAAAUCCAUAGAAUAAGUAUAAUUUUAAACGGAUAUCUUAAUGUUAAGCAAUGCAUUUUGCCAUUUUCUUCGUGUACUAUUUGGUACGAAAUUUUUCAGUUGUACUUUAAUGUAACUGUAAUGUUUAAUUUUGUAUAAAUUUUUGUUCCUGAAUACCUAAUUGAUUAAUAAGUUGAUUAUAAAAAAAAUUGACCCUGGAACGGAAAACAGUUGGAUCAUUUUGAAGAUUUUUUUUCUUUCAUUUCGUAGUUUUAUUUCGUUUCGUUUAAAAGAGCUUUGAAUUUUUCUGCCCCUCCAGUUAUAGGUAGAUUAGACUUGUACUUUUAAAUUGUUUACCAUUUUCUCUCAUGUACGAGAAUAUUGAGAACUACAUCAAUAUUCGUUUUAAUCCGCUAUCAUUUUUCAUUCGACGGUAUCGUUGAAGUAAUCCCAUGUAUUGUUAAUUUUAUCGAGGAAAUUUGUACUUUUUUCUUUAAUUGUUACAGGUAGUUUAAUUUUUUUUUUUUAUAAUACAAUCGUACAUUUCAAAAAACAA